AAUUUUUCUUCCCAACCAAACAAAAUUUACUCCGUGCAAAAACAAGAAAACGGAGAUCGGACGCCGUUCAAAGAUUCGGUCCGAUUUUCUCUCCUUCGCCGUCUCAUCCAGCAGCGCAAGGUGCGCCACUGCCACCAUUGACGGCCGUCGCCGGAAACCCAGUGCUCAACAUUGGCUGGGAUUCAAGUUUUGCCUGUCCCGCGAGAAAAUCAAAUGGAAAAAGAAGCAAAGAAAGAAGCUUUUAGAAAGUAUCUGGAGACGAGCGGAGCUCUUGAUAGUUUGACAAAAGUUCUUGUUGCACUGUAUGAGCAGAAUGACAAGCCGUCUUCUGCAAUCGAUUUCAUCCAGCAAAAGCUGGGUGGGCCAACGGUGUCGGAUUAUGAGCAAAUACAAGCUGAACUCUCGGAUUUGCAUAUCAAGUAUAAUGAACUUCUAGCAGCACACCAGGAAAAAUGCAAAGAGUUGGAAGAACUGAAAAGGCCUCAUGCCGAAGAAGCUGCCGAGGAGGAGGCAGAUGAUUGUCACGAUGCGGAAAUGUCUACUUCAGGUGUAUAAACAUCUUCUUGUAGUAAAGAAGUGUCUGAAGAAGAAGAAGAAACUUUUGUGCCUUGAAGAAGAAACGUUUGUGCCCUGA